AUGGCGUUUGUGACCACUGCGGAAGUGUGUGACGCGAAUCAAGAGCUGAUUCGAAGUGGUCAGCUCCGAGCUCUGCAACCUAUUUUCCAGAUCUACGGUCGUCGUCAAAUAUUCUCAGGCCCUGUUGUUACUGUCAAAGUCUUUGAAGACAAUGGCUUGAUCCGUCAGUUUGUCGAAGAGAAAGGUAUUAUUAUUAAUGAUUCUUUGCUCACCAAAUGUUGA